GUUAUCGAUUCCUCUGAUGUUGUAAUCCAUGUGUUGGAUGCACGUGAUCCGAUCGGAACACGUUGCAAGAAUGUGGAACAGCACAUUAAAAAGGAUGCUCCUCACAAGCAUUUGAUAUUUUUAUUGAAUAAAUGCGAUCUCGUCCCCACUUGGGUCACAAAUCAUGUGAACAUUGUGAUUAGCACAAGAGUUCAUGUAGCCAUAAUAAGUCAGGCUCGUUCUGAGCUACUUCUAAUAGAGCGUGUAACUUGUUUCGAAGGAGUUGAAAGCAAACCACCUCGAUUAUUGUCUUUCAUAGCAAAAUGGGUUGGGCUUCUGUCUAAAGAUUAUCCGACUUUAGCGUUCCAUGCUAGCAUUACUAAUUCCUUUGGUAAAGGUUCGUUAAUUCAACUGUUACGACAAUUCUCGAGUCUUCAUUCCGAUAAAAAACAAAUCAGCGUUGGGUUCAUCGGCUAUCCAAACACGGGCAAGAGUUCUAUAAUAAAUACUUUAAGGAAAAAGAAAGUCUGUAACGUGGCGCCCAUUCCUGGUGAAACAAAGGUUUGGCAAUACAUUACUUUGAUGAAGCGAAUAUAUCUUAUUGAUUGUCCCGGAAUCGUGCCCCCAUCGGUGGAUGACACUGAAACGGACAUUGUGCUGAAGGGAGUUGUUCGAAUAGAGAAUCUAAAGACUCCAGACGAAUUUAUUCCUCGGAUCUUAGAAAGAGUUCGCAAAGAAUAUUUACAACGUACUUACAAUAUACGCGAGUGGGACGAUCAUCUGGAUUUUCUUGGUCAAAUCGCACGGAAAUAUGGAAAACUAUUAAAAAAAGGUGAACCCGAUAUUACAACGGUGUCAAAGAUGAUUCUAAAUGAUUGGUUGCGUGGAAAAAUCCCAUAUUUUACUUUGCCUCAAGCUUUAAAUGAGAAUGAAGAAGUUAUUCAAGAAAAAGAAAGUGUUGACACGGAGGAAAAGAAGAAAACUGUGAAGGGAGUUGAGCAAGUUUUUGAUAAUAUCCACGUUACUACCGAUUUUCUCCCGGAUGAUCUUAGAAAAGAGGUUGAAUCAUCAAUGGCACAUCUUGAUGCUGAUAAUGUUAUUGAGGAAAGUGACUCUGAAAUCAUAGUAGAUCAUGAGAAAGAUGAAGAAGAACCUUCAGCUCCAGGUUGGGAUGAAUUAUUCGAGAGUGUGGUAGGGAAAGAAAACCAUCAGGAUGAGUCAAACAACAAGGCCGGAAAUGAAUGUGACGAUGACGAAGCUGAAGGCCUCAUUAAGGAAGUUGAUAAGGGACUCGAAAAACAAAUCCCUGAUUCUGCAAGUGACCUUCAUGAAGACUCGGAUGAAGAUGUGCAAAAUAGCGUAGUUGAAUCGAAUGAAGAAACUAGUGAUGAAGAUACCCAUGAUCAAACCGUUAACAAGAUAUCUGUAGAAAACACUAAGUCAUGCAGUAAAGGAAUACGUGGUAAAGGAAAAAGGAAAAGAAAUGAGGAAGAUGAGGAAGAAAUGUCAAAGAAAAAAACAAAAGAACCGCGCAUGAAAACAAAUAAACGCAAAAUUGGCAUACAUUAUUAUGAGACAGCCAACGUUAAAAAUAGGAAUAGAAACAAGGUUAAGCCUCAAGACAUUAUCAAGCUGGAGAAAAGAUUCAAGAGAAUGGGAAAUAAAAAGAAUAGUUCAAAAUAA